AUGCCUCCCAAACGUCCACUCUACGAAGUUCUUGGUGUGUCGCAGGAUGCGGCCGAAGAGGAGAUUUCUCGUGUUUACCGGCGAAUGGCGCUUCAGUAUCAUCCUGACCGCAAUCCAAACGGGGAGGCAAAGUUCAAGGAUAUUGCAAAUGCGUACAGCGUUUUGGGUGAUUCAGAGAAGCGCCGCGUGUAUGAUGCGACUGGCGUUAUUCCUGGAGGUGCGGCGGAGACAGACAAUGAGGCCACAAUGGCGGAGCGCUCUGCCGAAAUGAAGGAACGUGUCCAGGUGUUCUACGCCACAUAUGCAGGGUCGCCGGAGGAGACAGAGGAUGUCAUAUCAUGCUACAAGAAGUGCAAAGGGAACUUUCGGCGAAUGGCGCGAGAGGAGCUUCUUUUUGACAACAAAAAGCAGGGGGAAAUUCAGCGUCUGAUGGAACUUGUACGGAGCCUCGUGGAGAGUGGACGACUGAAUCCGACGGAGGCGUGGAAGGUGACGAAUACUGCGGCGGUGCUUAAGCAAAUUGAACGGUCACUGACGAGGGAGCGCAAAGAGGCGAAGGACGCCCUUGACGCCAUGGGCCUUUCCGCCAAGGAAGGGGAAGGCGGCCUGCAUGCAUUGCAGGCGCUGAUGAAGCGAGACCAGGAGGCCGAGUGGAGCAAGAUGAUGAGCAACCUGGAGUCCAAGUACGUGAAGCCAAAGUCGGCCACAAAAGGAGUGGAACAAAAUGGCAAGCGGAAUAAAAGGAAGGCAGAAGCAACAAAAACUGUUUCCGCUCCACCGCAAAAAAAGUCGAGGAGGUGA